AGUGAGCUGCGGAAGGCGGGGCAGGCGCCUCUUCGGCGAGCUAGCGCGAGGACGUGCCGCAGCGCCGCUCGUCGAUCACCUUGCCCCGCCCCACGUCGGCGCGCCCCCGGGCAAGCUCCUCCCCUAGCCCUGCCUGGGCGGGAAGCGAACGCGCGCUCCCUCCGGUUACCCUCCGCCUAGGGGAAGGGCGGGAGAAGCGGAGGCGCGCGCUCGCGAGCUGCGUGCUUGCGUACGUCGCCGGGGUUCGGCUGCGUCCGUCCCGCCGCCCGCCCAUUGCCGCCGCCGUCGCUGCCGCCGCGUUCUCGCUUUGCCCGCCGCCGCCUAAGGGGGGCUGGGGCCGGGGCCAGCCACCACCGCCGUUGCCGGGAUGCCGCGGGUGUAUAUCGGCCGUCUGAGCUACCAGGCCCGGGAGCGCGAUGUGGAGCGCUUCUUUAAGGGCUACGGGAAGAUCCUGGAGGUGGAUCUGAAGAACGGAUAUGGUUUUGUGGAGUUUGAUGAUCUGCGUGAUGCAGAUGAUGCUGUUUAUGAACUGAAUGGCAAAGACCUUUGUGGUGAGCGAGUAAUUGUUGAGCAUGCCCGCGGCCCACGGCGAGAUGGCAGUUACGGUUCUGGACGCAGUGGAUAUGGUUAUAGAAGAAGUGGCCGAGAUAAAUAUGGCCCUCCUACUCGCACAGAGUACAGGCUUAUUGUGGAGAAUUUGUCAAGUCGGUGCAGCUGGCAAGACUUAAAGGAUUAUAUGCGUCAGGCAGGAGAAGUGACUUACGCAGAUGCUCACAAGGGACGUAAAAAUGAAGGGGUGAUUGAAUUUGUAUCUUAUUCUGAUAUGAAAAGAGCUUUGGAAAAGUUGGAUGGAACUGAAGUCAAUGGCAGAAAAAUCCGAUUAGUUGAAGACAAGCCAGGUUCCAGACGACGCCGGUCCUACUCCAGGAGCCGGAGCCAUUCAAGGUCUCGCUCUCGAAGCAGACAUUCCCGUAAGAGCAGAAGCCGAAGUGGAAGCAGCAAAAGCAGUCAUUCUAAGAGUAGAUCCCGGUCCAGGUCGGGCUCCCACUCCCGGAGCAAGAGCCGGAGCCGAAGCCAGAGUCGGAGCCGGAGCAAGAAGGAGAAAAGCAGGAGCCCCAGCAAGGACAAAAGCCGCAGCCGCAGCCGCAGCGUCGGCAAGAGCCGAAGCAAAAGCAAAGACCAAGCUGAAGAGAAGAUCCAAAACAAUGACAAUGCUGGGAAACCUAAGAGCCGGAGUCCUAGCAGGCAUAAAAGUAAGAGCAAAAGUCGGAGCAGGAGUCAGGAGAGGAGAGUGGAGGAGGAGAAGCGAGGGAGUAUGAGCAGGGGCAGGAGCCAGGAGGAGGGCAGGGGCCAGGAGAAGAGCCUCCGCCAGAGCCGGAGCCGGAGCCGGAGCAAAGGGGGUAGCAGGAGCCGGAGUAGGAGCCACAGCAAGAGCAAGGACAAGAGGAAGGGCAGGAAGAGAAGCAGGGAGGAGAGCCGCAGCCGCAGCCGCAGCCGCAGCAAGAGUGAGAGGAGCAGAAAGCGAGGCAGCAAGCGAGACAGCAAGACGGGCAGCAGCAAGAAGAAGAAGAAGGAAGACACUGACCGCUCACAGUCCAGAUCGCCAUCCCGCUCUGUUUCAAAGGAGCGGGACCAUGCCAAGUCUGAAUCCAGCCAGAGGGAAGGCCGAGGGGAGAGUGAGAAUGCUGGCACCAAUCAGGAGACCCGGUCCAGGUCGAGAUCCAAUUCCAAAUCGAAGCCAAACCUUCCAUCAGAAUCACGCUCCAGAUCAAAGUCAGCUUCAAAAACCCGAUCUCGGUCCAAGUCUCGAUCCAGGUCUGCUUCUAGAUCACCCUCCCGGUCUAGAUCUAGGUCCCACUCAAGGUCCUAACUGGCUACGACCACAGCUGGAACUACCCGAGGAGUCUUUUGUACAUGUUUGGUAGCCGUAGCACAAGUGAUUGGAGUAGAACAUGUCACUGCUGUACAUUUUUAACUCCCCUAAUGGUGUGUCUAUAAUUGUUAAAUCUAAGUGCUUCCUCUCAGUAAAGCCUCCUGGCUCCAGGCCUUCCUGCUCGACUGAAAAAAAAAAAAUUUUCUCUUUUGAAAAUCCCCUUUUACUCAUGGCCCACAGUAGAAUAUCCAAAACGCCUUGGCUUUCAGGCCUGGCCUUUCCUACAGGGAGCUCAGUAACCUGGACGGCUCUAAGGCUGGAAUGACCACAUAGGUAGGUAUGGUGAGUUCAACCAUUUUUGCUCUUGAAUUGAUGCCCUUCGAUGUAUGCCAUUUAGUGAAAGUGCUAAGUCUUAAGUUUCCUACCACUUUGGUUUCAUAUUUUUGGACUUAACAAAGUUGUGAAUAGCACAGUCAAAGAAAAUUGAUACCUGCAGUAACCCAUAGGAAAUAAACUGUAGAGUUCCAUAUUCUGGUAUUGUGAUUAUAUUGUUUUAUAUUAAAAAAGAAAAGAAAAGAAUUUUUUUUAAUUUUAUUUUUCCCCGUCUUGCAAAGUAUAGUGACCCCUGUUUCCAUUAAAUUUGAAUAAAGACUAUUUUUGCUUGACAAAA